UCCGACUUCAGCCAGGUCACGAUCUCGCGGUCCGUGAGUUCGAGCCCCGCGUCGGGCUCUGGGCUGACAGCUCGGAGCCUGGAGCCUGCUUCGGAUUCUGUGUCUCCCUCUCUCUCUGACCCUCCCCCGUUCAUGCUCUGUCUCUCUCUCUCUCUCUGUCUCUCUCAAAAAUAAAUAAACAUUUUUAAAAAAUUAAUUUUAGUCUCAAAUUUUUCAGUGAAUAAAAACGUAUUUAAUCCAUACAACGCGAAAAGCAGUUGUGAAGUAUUUCCAAAGAGUCAAGAAAGGAAUGAAUUUCAGAAAAAACAACAACAACAACAAAAAAAACAUUUCUGGGAUUACACCUCAGGACUCGGUGGCCUUUGAGGAUGUGACUGUGAAGUUCACCAUGGAGGAGUGGGCCCUCCUGGAUCCAUCCCAGAAGAAACUCUACAGAGAUGUGAUGCAGGAAACCUUCAGGAACCUGGCCUCAAUAGUAUGUAUUUCAGAAGAAAAAUGGGAAGUCUAUGACAGCGAAGAUCAGGAUGAGAAUCAUGGGACACAUCUAAUUCAAAUGGUAGGAAGACUCUGUAAAUGUAAAGAAUGUAGCCAGUAUGAAGGAAUCUUCGGCCAGAUUCCAAAUCAGAAUCCGAAGAAGAGAACUCCUACUGGAAUAAAACUAGGUAAGUGGCCUUUGUGCGGACAGGUGUUCAUGCAUCAUUCAUCUUUGAACAAGCACCUGAGAUCUCACGCUGGACACAAACUAUGUGAGUAUCAAGAAGGUGAAGAGAAGCCUUAUAAAUGCAAGCGUUGUGGGAAAUCCUUCAAGCAUCGCCAAUCCAUUCGAAUGCACGAAAGGUCGCACGCUGGACAGAGACCCUAUGAAUGCAAGCACUGUGGGAAAGCUUUCAUUUGUCGCAAUUACUUUCAAAUUCAUCAAAGGGCACACAGUGGGGAAAAGCCCUACAAAUGUACAGAAUGCGGUAAAACCUUUAGUUAUUCAAGUAACUUACGUAAACACGAAAGGACUCAUAUCGGAGAGAAAUCUAGUGAAUGUAAGCAAUGUGGUAAAGCUUUCAGUUGUGUCAGGUCCUUUCGAAUACACGAAAGGAUACACAGUGCAAAAAAGCCCAAGGAAUGUACAAAAUGUGGUAAAACCUUCAGUUACUCAAGUAAUUUACAUAAGCAUGAGAGAAGUCAUAAUGGGGAGAAACUCUAUGAACGUAAAGAAGGUGGGAGAGCCUUGCAUUCUGUCACCAAAUUUCGAAGACCCGUGAUCAAGCACAAUGGAGAUGGGCUUUAUAAAUGUAAGGAGUGUGGGAAAGCCUUCAGGUGUCCCAAAAACUGUCGUAGUCAUGAAAUGACACACAGUGGAGUAAAGCCGUAUGAAUGUAAGGAAUGUGGUAAAGCUUUCAGCUCUCCCAGGUCCCUUGGAAAACACAGAAGAAUUCAUACUGCCACGAAGCCUCACGAAUGUAAGGAAUGUGGUAAGGCUUUUCGUUAUCCCAGUUCCCUUCGAAAUCAUGAAAGAACUCAUACGGGGGAGAAACCUUAUAAGUGUAAGGAAUGUGGGAAAGCUUUUAGUUGUCCCAAUUAUUUUCGAAUUCAUGAAAGAACUCACACUGGAGUAAAACCAUAUGAAUGUAAGCAGUGUGGAAGAGCUUUCAGUUGUCCCCAGUCCUUUCGGAUACACGAAAAGACGCAUAGCGCAGAAAAGCCCUAUGAAUGUGCAGAAUGUGGUAAAGUCUUCAGGUACUCCAGUAACUUACGCAAACAUGAGAGAUCUCAUACUGAUGAUAAACGCUACGAAUGUAAACUAUGUGGUAAGGCCUUCAGCAGUCACUAUUAUGUUCAAAAACAUGAAAGAACUCACACUGGAGAAAAGCCCUAUGAAUGUAAGGAAUGUGGGAAAGGCUUCAUUUUUCGCUCAGGUGUUCGAUCGCACAUGGUAAUCCACACUGGAGAUGGGCCUUAUAAAUGUAAGAAAUGUAAAAAAGCAUUUAUUUCUCCCAGUUCGUUACGAACACAUGAAAGAACUCACACUGGAGAGAAACCUUAUCAAUGUAAAACUUGUAGUAAAACCUUCAGUCUUACAAAUUCCUUACGAAAUCAUGAAAGAACUCAUACAUGAGAGAAAUGUAUGUGGUAAAACUUUUUCCUAUUUUCCUAUGAACAUAAGGAAUGUGAGAAAGCAAAAGAUUUGUUGCAUAAUCUCUCAUGGACACAUAAGAAUGCACACUGGAGAGGAAUUGUAGAAAUGUACAGAACGCAAGAAAGCCUUCAGUUGUCCUGUUUCCUUCAGAAUUUACCAAAAGUCACAGUGGAGAGAAUUCUAUUGGUAAUAAACAACGUGGGAAACCUUCACUUGCCCGCCAUCACUAAACAUCUCAUUCCCCAGAUUCAUCCUGUAUAACUAAAAAAUAAAAACUUUGUAAUUUUUGCAGAUAUUUUCAAGGUGGUAUGAAAGUUAUAUGGGAAAAAAAUCAUACUCAAGUGAUAUGGGUAAGCUCUUUGAACCUUCAUGUAUAAUACUUCUGAAAAUUCACAACAUGAAAGAAAUGUUAUAAUCGUUAUACUGUAUGGUCUUUAUCAAGGAUUCAUUCUCUUGAGAGAGAGCAUGCGCCCAUGUGGUGGGGGAGGGGCAGAGGGAGAGGGAGAGAGAAUUUUAAGGAGGCUACAUGCCCAGCGUGGAUGGAUGUGGGGGUCGAUCUCACAACCAUGAGGUCAUGACCUGAGUCAAAAUCAAGUUGGAUGCUUGACUAACUCAGGCGCCCAAAGGAUUCAUUUGUAAAGUGAUUCUCUGCACUGUGGAUUUCUACUUACCUUUGAAAGCAGAUAUUGAAGUGAGAUAAUUAAGUAGGUACUCUUUAAGCAAGAGUUCCUAAGUUUAGUAAGUAAUUUUUUUCCCGAGUAAUAUUAUUGUGUUCUUAUUUUGAAGUCUGUUGGAUCCAUGGGUUAUUGAAGUGUAUUUCUAAUAUGCAAGUAGGUUUAAUUUUUAUAUGAUUUUUAAGUUCUGUAAGGAGAGGAACAUUGAAAAAUAACACUUUCUUCCUUUUCCCUAGAGUCCUCCUGUGGGGCAUGUACUCAAUAUGC